AUGAUGAAGUGGAUGCUUUUCGCUGUUUUCUGCAUUGCUGCUGCAUAUGCCUGGGCUGAUGGAGUAAGUUUUUAAAAAUUAUUCAUCUGAAUUGAAAAAAAUGGAACUUAUUUCAGAAUGAAGAUGCUAACAUUGAUCAAUUGAUGUCCCGAGUCUACCGAACUGUAUUGUUGAAAUCCAAGAGAAGUCGUAAGUUAUUUUUAGGAAUUCAACCAGACUAUAAAUAACUUUAUUCAUUAAAAAAAUUUUCAGCAUCAAUGGGAUUGUCAUUGGCCGAAUAUAUGGCAUCACCAGCCAACGGUGGAAGCGACUUCCAUUUCAUGAACUCUGGAAGAAAGUGA